GGUUGCAUUUUCCAACAGCAUCGAAAACUUGUUGCUGCGCUUCGUCGUACCGGAGUUUUGUCCCUGCCGUUUUCUGCGAGGACUUCAAUGGAUUUCUGUUCUGAAAAAUCUUGACAUUAUCACCCGUGUGUGCUGGAACGGACACAUCCAAAAAGAGGCAGCUGAGAGGGAGAAACGUUUGGGACGAGAGACAGACCUUGACUGAUGAAUUGAAAUAAGAAAGUUGUUUAUGUUGAAUAAGCAUGAGCACGCAGUCUUCAGGCCACAAGACUGCCGUGGACCAUGGCGUCCAAAUCCGAUUCAUCAACAACAUUGGAGACGGUGGGAGGCAGCCUGCGCCCCAGCUCAGGAACAAGCCCCCGAGCUCCUCCAAAUACGGUGUAGCGGUCAGGGUGCAGGGAAUCGCCGGCCAGCCCUACGUGGUCCUGAAAGAUGGCCAGAAGGGAGAUUCAUACGGGGUCCAGCUCAGGACGGACUAUGGACCUGACUACCGUAGUCUUCCCAGGAGAAAAGUCAAGCCAGAGCUGGGAAUGGAGGAAGCAUAUGGAGAAACGGGAGCAGGGGGAGGCCAGGGAGGGGCUCUGCGCCGCGCUCAAUCCCACGGAUCACUGCUAGACAGAGAUGGAGAGGCUGCCAACGAGGAUUUUGAGCUGUCUAGACCCCCUGGGGACGGGAAGUCUGGUAGCUAUGGGAAUCUGGAUGGAGGAAUUGGAGUGAGGGGGAACAACGGAGAGACGUGGGCUUCGAGUGGCAGAGAAGGGGCUGUGGAAAGAAGAAUGUGGGGAGGCUCCUACCAAGCUGCCAACCUCAGCAGGUCACAGGAGUCCCUUAGGGACAAUCAGCUGAACCCUUACCCACCCCAAAACGUAAACGAGUUUCACUUACAUCAAAGACAGAGCGCUUUCAGCAAACUGAAAAACAGGUUUGAUGGUGGAGCCCCUGCCAGCCAGCAGAGUGGACCCCCCCCUGCAACUCAGCAUCCCAGAGCCACAUCUCCUUACAUCAACCAAAGCCCCUACACCUCCCCUCCGUCCUCCACUCACAGCAGCUUGGGUCGCAGCCAGGGCCCUUUAGUUGCAUCCCGCUCCAGCAGCCAGUGGUCUUCAGAGGAGCGUCUGCAGGUGGACCCACCUGACACACGGGCGACCCCUGACCUUUUGCUGGACCAGGUUCAGAGUGCUGAGAUGAGCAGCGAGGAGGAGCAGCUCAUGAAGAGCCUCUACAGCAUCUUAAGACAAGGAUCCAACGAGAGAGACGCUGUCAUUAGGCAGAAAGUUGAAACUAUUUUCCAGAAGCUUCAGAGCCUAAAGCCUAAAGAAAGCCCUCAAGAAGAGUGGAUGAGAGCAAAAAGGGAGCUCGAGACAAAGGUGGUUGAGCUACAAACUGCCCUACGGGAAGAAAGGAGGGAGUCUGCACGUAAUUCUGAUCCUGCUCUGAAAGCUGAGCUGGAGUCCUGUCUGGAUGAAAAUCUGCAACUCCAGGAGCUGCUGGACCGGAAGAAUAAAGAUCUGAAUGAAACCCAAUCAGAGGUGACUCAGCUUCGGAUGGACAGAGAGAGCGCCGAAAAACAUAUACGAGACAUGGAGGACCAGCUGGCUGAGCUCCAAGAGGAGAUGAGGAGGGAGAACGGCUCCAAGACGCAGGACCUGAUGUCUUGUCAAACUCAACUGAUGGAGGUUUGUCAGCUGAAACAGAAGCUGGAGGACGCACUGAGACAGCGGGAGCGCGAGCUCACAGCUUUGAAAGGAGCUCUGAAGGAUGAGGUGGCAUCGCACGAUCGAGAGAUAGAGGCGCUCCGAGAGCAGUACAGCGCCGACAUGGAGAAAUUCCACAGCAGCAUGGAGCAGGUGUCCCAGUCUCAAGCAGGGAUCGAGGCAGAGCGGUUGCGGGUGAACGCUUCAGUUCGCUCGCUGCAGAAGCAGCUGGAAGACUGCAGAGAUGAAAGCAGCCACUGGAUGGAGCAGUUUCACGCCACCAGAGAUGAGCUUCGAUCUGCGAAACAAGAACUCCUGCAGACUCGUCUGGAGAAAGACGAGCUUGAAGACGAGGUCAAGGAACUGAAGGAUAAAAUGAGCUCGAUGAAACAACAGACGCCAGAUCCCAAACACACAGAGAUUCUCAGCCAGGAACUGCAGCGAUCCAGCGGCGAUCUGCAGAAGGUCAAGUCGGAGUUGGAGAAGCAGAGGGUCGACUUUGACAAGAAGGUGAUGGAAGUGAUCACUUUGAAGAAAUCCCACCAGAAUCAGGAGGCAGAACUGAGAUAUGAGAUCGACAGGCUGAAGGAGCAGCUACAGAGGGCCAAGGAAGACUUUGCAAAGGCACAAGAGAAAAACAAGCAGCUCCCAAAUCCAGCUACUGUGUCAGACCUGGAGCAGAAGCUUGGCGAGGCACAAAGAGAGGUGAGCCGACUGAAGGAAAAGCUCUCUGAAGCGGAAGAGGAGCUGGAGACCACAAAAUCACAUCUGAACAGAGCUCAGGCGGAUGUGGACUCUCUCCGAGAAACUCAGAGUGACCAGGAGGCAGCUAACAGUCGCCUCAAAGAAAAACUCUCCCGAUUAGAGGCUCAGCUGCAGAGCAGUGCAGCAGAAAGCUCGGAGGCGGAGCUCACCCUCCACACGGAGAUGAGAAGUUUGAGAUCUGAGCUGGACGAGGCGAAAAGACGAAUCUCCAGACUUAACCAGGAGCACCAGGAAGUCACUCAGCGUCUGGAAAGCUCCGAGAGGGACAAGGAGACGCUGAAGCAGACCAUCAGCCAGCUGGAAGACGCCAAAAGCCAACUGGGGAGAGCUAUGGACAAACUCAACAAAGAUUAUGAAGCUCUCAAAGUGUCCUCGAAGGACGAGGUGCAGGCCCUCAGCUCUCAGCUGGAGGAGCAAAGAGAGCGAGCACGCAAGGAGAUGCAGGACGCUCAACGCCACGGGAAAGACGCUCAGUCUGAGCUGGAGAAACAUCAUGUCAACCUGAGGAGGAUGGAAGAAGAAAUGUUGCGUCAGAAGAAGGAGUUCCAGCUUGCCUGUGAGGAGAGAGACAACCAUCAGCUGGAUAAAGAGCUGCUCUCCAACAGACUGCGCCACCUGGAGGGAGAGUUGGAGGCCAGCAAGAACAGCCACAGCGAGAAAGCACGCGAGAUCCGCAUCCUGGAGGACAAACUGAAAUGUAUGGAGCUGGAGUGCGAGGAGGAGAAGAGCACGGUGGAGAUGCUGACGGAGCGCGUGUCCAGGAGCAGAGACCAGAUCGACCAGCUGCGCUCCGAGCUCAUGCAGGAGCGCUCGUCAAAGCAGGACCUGGAGCUGGAUAAGAACGCCAUGGAGCGACAGCUGAAGGAGCUGAGGAGUCGCGUGGCUGAGAUGGAGGGCCAGUCUCGCUCCUCAACAGGAGUCUCCCAGCUGGAGAACAAGAUCCUGGAGUUGGAAGACCGCCUGCGCAAUGAAGAAAGAGAGAAAAACUCUGUGUUGGCGUCUCAACGGCGUUCAGAGAGGAAACUUAAAGAACUUAACAUGACAUUGGAUGAAGAGAGACACACACACACUGAGCAGAGAGACCAGCUCACUUUGAAAGUGAAGGCUUUAAAGAGGCAGGUGGACGAGAGUGAAACGGAGCUGGAGAGGAUAGAAGGGCUGAGGAGGAAAGCUCAGAGAGACAUGGAGGAGCAGGUGGAGCUCAAAGAGAGCUUGCAGGCCCGAGUCAAAGCUCUGGAAACGGAGCUCAAGAGGAAAACCCAGGCAGCCAUGCGGCAAGCUUUGGAGUCAUCAGCGCUCAGCUCAGAUGAUGACGACAGCCUGUACGACCACUCCACCAUCACCUCCAUCCUCACUGAGAGCAACCUCCAGACCAGCUCCUGCUGAUGCAGCAGUGCAGGAAAAUGAAGGAAACUGCCAAACAUUAAAAAAAAAAAAAAAAAAACUGAUGGGACGUGCGAAAAGACUGGGUGGAAAGUCAGAAUUCCAAACAGUGGCAGAAGUCACCGGGACCUGGGAAAUGACCUGUAGUGUAGUGGAGGUUAACAGGAGUGAUUUUCCACAGCAGAGAAGAUGUAAGGAAACAAAACAUCCUGGGAGUUUGAGGGGAAAUUCUUUUCAGCUCUUGCAGCUAAUAAGGUACUCUGUCAAAGAAAAGCUUAGCAACAAGUAGAGCCACAGACUGAACUGUGAAGAUUAAAACAUAAAGCCCUAAAGGGGGAUUGAGGGUACUUAAGUACUUUAGUACAUUUUAUGGUACAAAGAAGUGUGGUUAACCUUCAAUAAGCUCACCAGAACUUGCCUCCAUGUGCUUUUUCUACUGUUGUAGAACAACAAACUCUGAACGGUCAUCUCCUUAUUCCCAAAUGUAGAGGAGACCGGUCCUCUGUUGCAUCUAAAACAAUCUUCAACAAGGUGGUGCUACAUUUAUAAGGUGAUGAAACAAAAAUGUAAACCAGCAGCUCUGCAAUAUAUAAAUAGAAGCAAGCGAGAGUGAGUCGAACAAAACUAAGGAGUGGAAGUUUUGGGUCAUGUUUGGAUGAUGAAGGAGUCACGGCUGCCACAUAAUUGAACAAUUAAAAAACAAAAGUGUCAUGGAGUCCAGUCCUUGACUCAAGUGACUGAAUAACGAUAACAAUUUUGCACAUAACUCUGUCUUCUAUACAAUCGAUGUUCAUACGGUAAAACAAAAGCACAGUGUUAAAUGAAUUUAAAUUCAUUUGGAACAAAAAGUGCAUUAAGAUGUAUUUUUGCUUGCUUUUUAAUAGUUUGGGUCAAGUGUUUGUGUCACAAUGAAAUACGUUUAAAAAGAACAGCACUUGAAUUGAGUCUCUUGUCAAAAUAAACCCAAGAAUUAUUUUUAUAUUAUUAUUAUAGUAGAAGCCACCUUUAUUAUAUUUUGGUUUUAUUAUAGACUCACAGAAAAGUCUGUUUUGAGGCACUUAGAAGUAACCUUGGUCACAUAGUGACUGUUAAUAGAUCUACUCUGUUUUUUCUUCCUCACUUGAUUUUUACAAUAAAAUAAAUAUUUAAGUUUAAUUUUUUUCAGUCAGAGGUAUUUUUAGAGGCUUAAUUAUUUCUGUGCAUUCUUUUAAAAUGAUGAAACCGUUGAGUCAAAAGCCCUGAAAUGACACGAAAAAUGUAAUUCACACAAGUGUCUUCUAUUUACUCUUUGUUUGUUUGUAAACUAAAAAAAAUAUGUUCAAUUGGAUUAAACUAAAUGAUUCUGACAUGUACUAUUUUAGCAGCAAUAAAUAUCUAUUCAUGUA